UGGAAUCAAAGACGACGGUAAGUGAACGCCAUUAUGGUGAAUCCGUCAAAAUAACAGACAAAGGAUUUGUGUUCCUCAGCGAGAGAGCAGAAGCAGAGCCACUGUCAGCCGCAUCCAUGGAGCUGCUCAGCCUCACCGCUGCUUUACCGUCUACUUCAGCCCCUGCUCCGUCGCUUUUUCCUCCUUCUUCAUCUCUCUUUUCUACAUCGUAUUCUUCUCCCAAAUCCUCCUUCUUGAUUCUCCCUCGUCGACCUUUUAUCUGUUCGUCUUUCUCAUUCGUUCCUUCUCGGCGCCCCCUUCCCGCAACACUUGUACUCCCUUCCCGUCGGUUAGAGAGGCAUAUCGUUCGUAUGGCUCCGGAGGAGGAGAAGAUGACUCGUCGUUCCCCUCUCGAUUUUCCAAUUGAAUGGGAAAGGCCUAAACCAGGACGAAGACCAGAUAUAUUUCCUCAGUUUAGCCCAAUGAAGACACCUUUACCACCACCAUUGCCUGCAGAUCCUCCAGAAGAGGAUGAAGAAGAAGAAGAAGAAAAAAAAGAGGAGGAAGAGGAAGAGGAAAAUCCUGAAAAGGAAGAGAACGACGAGCCAGGACUGCAAUAAUGAAUUGUCUGAGUAGCCUUCGGUUCUUCUGAGGUCAUUUUGAUAUCUGCGGCCAUACUAUUUGCCAACCAAUAUUCAGCAUAUUAAAUGGGUCACCGUAUGCAGUGGAAAUUUGAGCCAUCUUUCACAUCUUGUAGCUGAUACUUACGCAGUAAUCUCUAAUGCAUAAUUGGAAUAAUACUUUUCAUGUUAGGAAACACUACUAUGAAUAGUUAUGGCUUGUGCAAUUUUGUUUUAAUAUUAAAAUUCUUUUGUAUUUAGUUGGGCAUUAUUUGUAUCGAUUCGACUUUCUUGUUGAUUGGGUAGGGAUACAUAUGAUGAAACUGACGGGAGGGGUUCUAUCA